UCAGGGGAUUUCCAUCCUCCUAGAGCAGAAAGAAAACUCCUCCUACAAGCUUUAGCUAGUGAUGGGCUGGACACAGACAGAAGUCACAAGACUGCUCUAACUGCUGAUGAGAAGAGGUAUUUAGCUGUUCCACAGUGAGUAUAACAAGCAUGCUUUACUGCAUAUACAGACUGAUUUUACUGUUGAGGGUUUAGUAACAUUUUAAUGUAGACAAUGCAUUAAGGGUAAACAAAUUUAGACUUUAGAACAACUUUAAUUAGCGACAAUGUUGCUUUAAUAAACAGGCAGGAACAGGGCA